GCGCGUCCCCGCCCCAGCCAGUGCAGCCCCUCCUCCCCACCGUGUUUAUUAGGGGAAGGAGGGCGGAGGCGGAGGCCAGUUCCCCAGUUCCAGUCGCCGUCGCCUGCACAGUUGCAGCCGCCGCCUCCCAACUGCUCGCCCAAGGAAAAGGGAACGCGCACGAUCUCGGGCAUCCCCGCCCCAGUCUUUCUCCGGAACCAUGAACCCUAACUGCGCCCGGUGCGGCAAGAUCGUGUAUCCCACGGAGAAGGUGAACUGUCUGGAUAAGUUCUGGCAUAAAGCAUGCUUUCACUGCGAGAUCUGCAAGAUGACCCUGAACAUGAAGAACUACAAGGGCUACGAGAAGAAGCCCUACUGCAAUGCACACUACCCCAAGCAGUCCUUCACCAUGGUGGCUGACACUCCGGAAAACCUCCGCCUCAAGCAACAGAGUGAGCUGCAGAGUCAGGUGCGCUACAAGGAGGAGUUUGAGAAGAACAAGGGCAAAGGCUUCAGCGUGGUGGCAGACACACCCGAGCUACAGAGAAUCAAGAAGACCCAGGACCAGAUCAGCAAUAUCAAAUACCAUGAGGAGUUUGAAAAGAGCCGCAUGGGACCGAGUGGAGGUGAAGGAGUGGAGUCAGAGCGCCGAGAACCCCAGGACAGCAGCAGCUACCGGAGGCCAGCGGAACAGCAACAGCCACAUCACAUCCCAACCAGUGCUCCUGCUUACCAGCAGCCCCAGCAGCAGCAGCUGACCCAGUCCUACGGGGGCUACAAGGAGCCUGCAGCCCCUGUCUCCAUAUCGCGUUGUGCCCCAGGUGGCGGCGGGAAACGGUACCGAGCCGUGUAUGACUACAAUGCCGCCGACGAGGACGAGGUCUCCUUCCAGGAUGGGGACACCAUCGUCAAUGUGCAGCAGAUCGAUGACGGCUGGAUGUACGGGACCGUGGAGCGCACCGGCGACACGGGGAUGCUGCCAGCCAACUACGUGGAGGCCAUCUGAGCCCUGCCUGUGCUACCCCACCCUCUGUUCUCAAUGCAUUCCAUGGCAUCACGUCUGUCCUGGAGCCUGACCCACCCACCCUUCAGUGUCUCUGUCUUAAGACCUGCCACCGCUUCCUCAUCCCCACCCCUCCUUCCAGCUUCUUUUGCCAACCCAAGCCUUGCUCUGCCACUCUGUCUCGGGCUCCUUCCUCCGGCAGAUUUUCCCUUGGACCAAUCGACUGAUUGAUUUUUUCUCUCUGGAUGGAAUAGGCUGGGCACUCUGGGGAGGGCAGGAUUGUUCUGGGGAGGGUGGGCUCACAGGGAUGGGCUGAGAUGGGAGACCCGUUAAAGAGAUCGGAUAGGCUAGGCAGGCAUAGUGGCAUACAGCUUUAGUCCCAGCACUUGGGGGACAGAGACAGCCAGAUCUCAGAGUUCAAGGCCAGUCUGGUCUACAUCCUGAGUUCCAGGGCGACCAGAGCUACGUGGUGAGACCCUGUGUGGGGGAGGAGAGGAUUGGUUAGCUUCCAGCUUCACUUCCUGCCUUAGGCCCUUCAGAACCCCUGGCCUAGCUCCCUUGGCACCCUACAUCCUAGGGCUGGGAUGAGCCCCAUAUUCCUCAUACCUCCAGAUGGGGUUCUGCACAUUCCCCGGGGGUAGGUAUUAGGCCUCAUUUAUGUUGGGACCAAUGUGGUGAGUUUACCUUUCGGCUAGUCCGCCCUCCUGACCCUGUGUGUGUUCCUUCACACACUGAGUGUGCUGUCCUGCCCACACACACACCUAGGGUGGCCAAAGAACUCCUUGGGAAGCACAGCUUGGGUCAAGUUCUUGCCUUAGUUCUAGGGGCAGCAGCAGGAAGGAGGGAACAGGGUGUUCUCCCGAGGCCUGUUUGCUUCCCACCUCCCCCCAGCCUCCAGGAACUCUCUUUAUCUCCCUGGCCGGGAGCAUGCUGUGAAGGGUAGAGCAAGGGAUGCCUUUGGGACUUGAGUUAACUGAGCUGUUCCUUCCUGCUCCCCUGGGAAGAGGUCCCUGGGUCUCCUGUGGCCUUCCAUCCCUGGAACAAGGCUGGGCUUGUAGCUCUGAGAAGCCAGAAAGUUAAAACAGUCUCCCGGCCACACGGGAGGCCCCAUCCUUUCUCCCACUCUCUGGGGAGGUGUGAGAAGGCUUUCCUGUCCUUGUGUCUGAGGCUACAAAGUACAAUAGGACCAAGUCACCCACACUGUGGCAUCUCCCUCGAGGUUCUCCUGUCCUUGGAGCCAGGGGGAGAGUCCAGGGCUCCACAACUGGCAGGCAGCACCAUCUCUGGACCGGUGCUAAACUCAGGUUCCUCCUUUGCACCUGGGGCCUGAGACAGUCCUCAUGUGGCUUCAUUCAUCUCUCCCGGGUCUCCUGACUCAUCUUCACUCUGAGUCUCAUAUCGGGUCCCUGCACACAGACCCUGCUACAGAUGAGGUUUGAACCUGAAGGCACUGGUCAGGUCAGCGAUGUCGUGGUCAGGACAACCUGCGAGGGCUUGCUAGAUGAGCUAGUGACCACCCUCCUUCCUGCUCACCUUUCCUUCUGACCCUAACCUGGGUGAGCCGAAGCAUCAGGAGCCCCCGGGGAGGCGUCAGCCAGUCCAUUCCAUUUCUUCUUGAUCUCAAAGCACAAUGCGGUUCCAGGGACCAGAGGUCAGGGACUCGCUCUCGGAGGGCCUGUGCUUGGGAGGUGCCCCCAGCCUGGUUCCAGUCAGCUGAGCCUCCUUCCCAACAUGUCAAGCUAGCUGCUCUUCUAUUGCCCUAGAAAUGGGGGAGACUCUCACAUGCCCGCAGAGGGAAGAGGAACUAUCUAUUGGUGCUGAGGGCCCCAGCUGGAGUCCAUAUUCUUUUUCCAGAAGCAUCCACCCGUAGAAGAGCACAGGAUCCCCAAACCCACGUCUCUUCCUUCAGAAACGUCUUUCAGCCAGUGAAAACCCAGGAAAAGAAAGGCACCUUGGCUAGACUGUGAACUUAACUUUUGUGGGCCAAUCCUGCAAUGCGAGAAGCCCCGUGGUGAGGGACUUGAACUCUCCCCACACCGCUUCCUGUUUUCCGCCCUCACGUCCCUCCAGGGAACAUUUUCUUUGUUAAUAGCUGGACACAAGAUAAAAAGUACCACCCCACAAAGCCUGUAUUUAAAAGGAAACAAGUGACCCUGUGAAAUUCGCCUCUGUCCAACAUUUCAUCUGUGUGUGUGUGUGUGUGCGCGCGUGUGUGGUGUGUAUGUGUGUGUGAAGCCACCCACUCAUCUUUUUUAUGGGGUUGUCAUCUUCCCUUGGUCUGUUUGGUCCCCUUCCUCCUGGCCUUGUGCUCGGGAUCAGUUCUUUCUGGCCUGUAAUGACUCUGAACAUUGACUUGAACCACAAAGGGAAUCUUUAUCCUGGUGACGCAAAUAAAAAUCUAAUUUUUACCUGCGA